GCCCUGUCCUGCCCUCCCGCCCUCCUUGCUCUCUCUUUCCUCUCCCGCCAUUCUCUCCCUUCCUCUCAUCUCUCACAUAACAUAACCCCUCUCUCGCUCCAACACCAGAACUUGAGGAAACCCUCAUCCUCACACACUCUCCUGACUCUCGAACUUAAUGAAUUCAACAACUACAGAUUGAUAUACGCUGGAAGCUGAAAUUUCUUGAAUUUGUUUUGGCUCUUCCCUCUCGACCAUUCGUUGCUAUCAAAACAAAAUCUUAUUUGUUUCUUGCUAGUAGGUGAUUUUCUUGAGAAUUUGAUUCUGUUUCUCGUAAUAUACUUGCUAUUGCUUUUAUUCAUGGCAAUAUCUGUUUUCUUUCUCGAAGAAUGUGGUAGUAUCUAGUAUGUUCUGUCUUGAUUUAGUGAUUGGAUAAUCCUGCUUGUGAAUUUAGAGAUGGCUAAUAAUUUUGACGCAAUGAGGAAAAUCCCACCUGGGAUUUGGCUUAUAAGGAAAAUAAGAGGCAAAGACUGUAGUCUUAAGACACAUAGAUACAUGGUUUUGUUGGUUACUUUCAUUGCAUAUACUAGUUACCAUGCAUCACGAAAGCCCAGUAGCAUAGUCAAGAGUGCAUUGGAUCCUGAACCCAACAAGACCACAAAUGUCUACCCUUGGCCAAUUGGAAGUGUCUUUGUUAAAGAUGAAUUCUUGGGUGAAAACAAGGAUAAGUUUGGAUAUAAAGGCUGGGAACCAUUUAAUGGGAAAGAUGGGACAGAGAAAUUGGGUUUGAUUGAUGUUGCAUUUCUUGCUUGUUAUUCUUUGGGAAUGUUUGGUGCUGGCCAUUUAGGUGAUACAUUGGAUUUGAGGUUGUUUUUGACUUCUGGGAUGAUUGGUAGUGGAAUUUUUGUGGGGUUAUUUGGUAUGGGAUACUUUUGGAACAUUCAUGUUUUCGGGUUUUAUUUGGUUAUGCAAAUGGUUGCUGGGUUGUUUCAAGCCACAGGUUGGCCUUCUGUUGUGGCUGUGAUUGGUAAUUGGUUUGGGAAAAGGAAGAGAGGGUUAAUAAUGGGUAUUUGGAAUGCACAUACUUCAAUUGGGAAUAUUACUGGCUCUCUUAUUGCUGCAAGUGUUUUGGAGUACGGUUGGGGAUGGUCUUUUAUUGCUCCUGGCACAUUUAUUGCAAUAUCAGGGAUAUUGGUUUUCUUGUUUUUAGCUGCUUAUCCUGAGGAUAUUGGAUUUCCUUGCCCAAAUGGCCCAGCAACAAGGGCAGAGGCAGUGCCUUGCGAUGUAGAAGCUCAGACACAGAAUGAAGGUACCGUGGAGGGGAAGAGUGCUCCCAUCCGGGACAGAUCUGGGGCUAGGAGAAGUGUUGGGCUUCUUGAAGCUUGCUUGAUACCAGGAGUGAUACCAUUUUCAUUUUGCCUGUUCUUCUCCAAGCUCGUGGCUUACACGUUUUUGUAUUGGUUGCCGUUUUAUUUGAGUCAGACAGAAAUUGGUGGAGAAUAUAUGUCUGUGAAGUCAGCUGGAAAUCUCUCAACCCUGUUUGAUGUGGGGGGCAUUGUUGGUGGAAUUCUUGCUGGCCAUAUAUCUGAUAAACUUAGAGCUCGGGCUAUCACAGCAGCCAGUUUCAUGUAUGCUGCAAUUCCUUCUAUGCUUUUAUACCGCUUAUACGGGAAUCUAUCACGGACUGUGAACAUUGUACUCAUGAUGAUUGCUGGCUUAUUCAUAAAUGGGCCAUAUGCACUUAUCACAACUGCAGUAUCUGCUGACCUUGGCACGCACAGUUCUCUUAGAGGGGAUUCUCGAGCCCUGGCAACAGUGACUGCUAUAAUUGAUGGUACUGGAUCAAUUGGUGCAGCUCUUGGUCCUCUUCUCACUGGGUUCCUUUCAACAAAAGGAUGGGAUACAGUUUUUGUGAUGCUGAUGCUCGGUGCUCUUAUUGCGGGGCUUCUUUUAUCACGUCAGGUUGUGGUUGAAAUUAAUGAGAAAACUUGUAAAUCGAUGCGUUCAUCCAGUGGACAGCAAAGUUCUGAAGCUCCUCCAUCUCAACCACUUCUAAGUGAUCAAAGAUGAAAAUCAGGUAUAGCCUCAUGAAGCUCUUACAACACGAGUUAAUCAAGAACAAAGUUAGAAGACAGGCUUAUUAGAAUACUCAAUUAUUUGUCUUAAAUAAUGGGCUCGAAGAUAUGUUUCUGUAAAAUCUUGAUAGAUAUGGAUAUGUUUCGUAGUGCUCUUUUUUCUGCAAGAUGAAUACUAUUAAUGAAGUGCAUGCCUGGUAUGUCUAUUUUGGUUUGAA